UCUCGGUUGAACUCUAGUUAAUAAACAAACAGCUCUCGGAGGGACAACAUGAAAGCGUUAUUAUUGUUAGUUGCGAUUAACUUUGUGUUAACAAAAUCUUCGGUUGUGACUUCAACUAAAAAUACUGACGCCACCACACCGUCGGAGAAUCAUGCGAAUUUUUCUGAAAGUAAAACUGAUAAAAAGCAUGAGAUAUAUAAAACGUUUAAUGUGAACGAAAGUCGGAUCUACUUGGAUGAUGUUUUGUUCGCGUUGAAGAAUCAGAAUUGGACGGAAACGGAGCAGCCUUGUUUGGAGAGGACGCUGUUGAUGCUGCAUAACUUGCAGAACUUCACACUGUGGGCGGUUUGGAAUUGGGACUCCAUAUCAUCCGAGCCAGAAGGUCUGUUAUACGGGAACAGGUUCCACUUGGGGAACUUCGACGAGUGCAUGCGGGCGCCCUGGUACAAGCAGCACCCUGAGCUCAGAGCCCAGUACUGCUUGUCAGAUAUCGAGCUGGAGAGGACAGAUCGAGCUGUCACGAAGGCUGCUGAUCCUUUCAACCCGUAUGAGUCUGCGCUCAAUGUGAUUGAGUACGAAUCGCCGAUAAAGAGGCCGUUAAACAAGUUGACAUGGGGAGUGUGCGUACCAGCAGUAUGCCAGCCCAAGUCAGUGGAAAAGUUAACUAGCGUGCUACUCGCACACAGCCACCUCGGUGCAGUUGGGCUGCGCGCGCGCAUCUCUGUAACUGACAGCUGUCAGAAGGCAGACGAACCCUUACGCUUUGACGGCCUGUUUUAUGCUUUUAUCGGAAUCACAGUAUGUUUGGUAGUUACUGCAUUGGUAUGCACAUUUUUGAACAACGAAUACAAAAAGAAGCAAUCGAAUGAAAACAGUAUCAAACAUCAGUUAAUAAAGGCAUUCGACCUACAAUAUAACGCUAGUAAGCUUCUCGAAAGGACCGACCAAGGGACCGAUGUUGUGUAUGGCAUCAAGUUUUUGUCCAUGUGCAUUAUUGUCUCCGGACAUCAGUAUGGGAUAUUUAAUGGUGGACCGGUCAGCAAUGGGUUCAAAGUGGAUGAGGAUGCAUUAUCAGUAGCAGGACUGUUUGUUUUACACGAAGACAUCGUGGUGGACUCCUUCUUUAUGCUGUCUGGGUUUCUGACCGCGACUGCUCUCGCAAAAGCAACCAGAAUUCCCAAUCUAUUCGUCCUGUUCUUUAAGCGAUAUAUCAGAUUGGUGGUGACAUAUGCAGUUGUAAUUUUCUUCAUUUGCGCGAUAUACCCCUACACCGGAUCCGGGCCGUUAUGGAACAGAGCCAUUGCCGAGGACACAAAGCCGUGUCGAGAGAACUGGUGGCUGAACCUUCUCAUGGUCAGCAAUUACGUCGACAGCGAGAAUAUUUGUUUAGUGAUAAGUUGGUACAUCCCCUGCGACUACCACUUCUUCGUCGUCACAGUUCUGCUGUACUGGUUCUACAAGCGGCACCCUGGAGCGGGCAGAAUAGUUGCUGUCCUAGUGCUAUUAGUAGCCAUUGUAACGCCAGGUGUCAUCAACUAUCUCAACUCGCUGCCCGCUAUACAGCUGUUUACCUAUGAUUUUAUCUCGAAUCCUCGAGGGCCGAAGCAGUUCCAUUUGACAUACAUCAAAAGCCACACCCGAUAUGCUCCGUACCUCGUCGGUUUCCUCAGUGGCUACAUAUUUGCGCAGAUCUCCACCACUGGCAACUUGAAAAAGAUUCCACAGAAAUGGGCAAUCCUUGGAGCGACCCUGAGUAUUUUGAUCAUGACCGUGGUAGCACUCACAGGUCCCAUGUUCCUGUGGAGAAGCUAUGACGUGCUGGAGAGUGCAGUGUACGCGGCACUCAACCGCCCUGUGUGGGCCUGCAGCGUUGCCUUACUCGUCAUAUGCUGCUCCCUUGGACAUGUGCCGAUCAUCAAUGGUUUCCUGAGCUGGUUCCCAUGGGUGCCGCUGAGUCGGCUCACCUAUGGUCUCUACUUGAUCCAUACAUUGCUGAUAGCCAGAAACGUCUACGUUACCCGCAACCCUCAGCAUCUCGACAAUUUUAAUUCCUUGACUUCAUGUCUCGGUGUGAUAUUCGAGGCUUCCCUAGCUGCUUUUCUCAUUAAACUUUUCGCCGAAGCUCCCGUCCUGAAUGUGCUCACCAUUUGCCUGAGUCCGAGAACAAAUCGCCAUGAAGGGAGAAACUCAGAUGUGGAGAAUAACCGCUCAAAAUAUAGAGUUAAUGAUAAAGUAACUUCAGAGACUGGUCACCUGGACGACAACUUGCCAUCGACUAUACAAGUUAUAUCUUCGAAGAUGUAAUACAGUUAUAGAAAUUAAAAAUUAAAAAGGUUAUUAGGUAUUUUAAGUUUAAAAAAUUAAGUUAAUAAA